AGGAAGAGGCAACUAAUGCUACAAUUGUGUGGUUUCAUUGAGGACUAAUCUCUCUAACCCUACAUGCAAUUUGGGGCAUAUUCUGGAAAACUAAAAUGCUUAUUGUCCUUGGUUGGUGAGACAGAGAUAGGAGCUUGCCAUCAGUAUCAUGCACUGUGUGCAUCUCAGCUGAAAAGGCUAGAUGGCUUUUUGCACUUGGCUGGUCAAUUAGGCUAUCUUUGCUCUAGCUCACCGAAGAAAUGCAUGACAUGUAUUCAACAGUAGACAACAACAACUCAUGGCUGGCUGAAUGUUGAGGCUGCAGGCCAACAACAAGACUACAUGCCAAUGUCAACGUCUCCAUGAUCUGAAUAUUAGGACUUCAUGAUGGCGGAGCGGGGCGGGAGCCGAAAGGAAAACGGAAGUGCUCUUCUUCGACGCUUUAGAAGCAGGCACAAGAGCUGCAGCGACGCCCCCGUGUGGCCGAGGAGGGUCACCACAACAUCAACGCACAGAAAACCACUGACUCCUCCCAGCGAGCAUGCGACCCUGGAUGCAGCCACACCUCUCCCCUCAUACAACCUCCCAGCAUCCCGUCAGGCUGGCCACACCGGGUUUCCACACACUGAGAGGAAGGGCUGUCCUGGCCGAGGAAGAAGAGGACCAGUGGGAAGAUUAACAAACAGAAGGAAGACAGAGGGCUUGUUGCACCGCAAGUCAGCUGCUGGGUCUCGGCUUCAGAGGUCGUGUGUUAUACGUUUGGCUGAUGAACAGAAAUUAACCAACAAAAAAAAUGAGUUUGGGGGCAGCGUGCGUUUUCUUGCGAGGAGGGAAAAAUAUUUCAAGAGAACUGGCUGAAGAUGAGAUCGAUGAGCUUCGCGAUGCAUUCAACGAGUUUGAUAAAGACAAGGAUGGGCUGAUCAGCUGUAAGGACCUGGGGAAUCUGAUGAGGACAAUGGGCUACAUGCCCACGGAGAUGGAGCUGAUCGAGCUGAGCCAAAACAUCAACAUGAACCUUGGUGGCAAAGUGGACUUUGAGGACUUUGUAGAGCUGAUGGCCCCAAAGCUUCUGGCAGAAACGGCCGGGAUGAUUGGCAUGAAGGAGCUCAAAGACGCCUUCAAAGAGUUCGACGUGGACGGAGACGGAGAGAUCACAACAGAGGAGCUGCGGUCGGCUAUGAACAAGCUGAUGGGAGCGCACAUGAGCCAAAAGGAGAUAGAUUCCAUAGUAAAAGAAGCAGAUGACAACGGAGAUGGCACGGUAGACUUUGAAGAGUUCGUCAGAAUGAUGUCCCACGAAUGAAGGUGGAGGAUACCGUCAGCUCUACGGACGUGCGUUCUUAUUAAUGCUGUCUUUCUAAAAAGCUCUUUGACAAAUGAACUUGUAUAUAUAUCAAGAACAAACACGUACAAAUGUAGAAAUUCAAAUGAAGUGCUGCGAAGAAAAGUCAAGCAAUGUGAAGCUGUUCUCAGAGAGAAUUUUACAUCUAUGCAAAGAUUUUAAACAAACUAACUAAACUAUUAUUUUGCUUGAUCACAUUUAAUUUAUAUACAGAAAGUCAUUUUGGAUUGUUUCUCUGA